CGUAGGACGCGCGGAGAGGAGGCGCUCGGAGUGGCCACCGGGACGACUAUGUUGCUGCCGAACAUUCUGCUCACCGGUACUCCAGGGGUUGGGAAAACCACACUAGGCAAAGAGCUUGCAUCAAGAUCAGGACUGAAAUACGUUAAUGUGGGUGAUUUAGCUCGAGAAGGUGAAUUAUAUGAUGGCUUUGACGAAGAGUAUAAUUGUCCCAUUUUAGAUGAAGAUAGAGUAAUAGAUGAGUUAGAUAACCAAAUGAGAGAUGGUGGAGUUAUUGUUGAUUACCACGGCUGUGAUUUCAUCCCUGAACGUUGGUUUCAUAUAGUUUUUGUGCUGAGAACAGAUACCAGUGUGUUGUACAAAAGACUGGAAACAAGGGGUUAUAGUGAGAAGAAACUAAAUGACAAUAUUCAGUGUGAGAUUUUUCAAGUUCUUUAUGAAGAAGCAAUGGAGUCGUACAAGGAAGAAAUUGUGCAUCAGUUGCCCAGCAAUAAACCAGAAGAACUAGAGGAGAACAUAAGUCAGAUCUUGAAAUGGAUUGAGCAGUGGAUCAAGGACCAUAACUCUUGACUCACAGAACUGGCCCCUUCAGUCACUGCUGUUGCCCUCUCUCUGCUCACUGUGUAGAAACUGCCCAUGUAUCAGUAAAAAUUGUGCUGUAGGACUAGGAGGUGGAUGAUGUAAAGGUUUAUGCCUGGAUUUCUUUUUCUCCAUGAGAAAGCUGCACAGUCACAAAUAUCAUGAAUAUAAUAUUAAGGAUUGAGAGUGAAAAUUGUCAUUGUUUAAUGCUUUGAUUGCCAAAUAAUAAGCAAAUCUAAAUAAAUGGGAGGAUAACUUUUAAGUUUAUAACAGAAGAAA